GGCAGCGAGGAGGCGGGCGCGACAGGUUGGCUGAGAGACGGAGGGUUGGCGAGACAGGUUUGUGCGUUGUGGGUGCACGGCAGGCGCCGCGUCGCGUGCCGACUCGGAGGAAGAACCUCUUAAGAGGCAGUUUUGGUAAGAAAGCUUUGGGCUAGGAGCCAAGACCCAUCUCUUCACUAAUUUGACUUUGUGCAAGUCAUCUAAUUUCACUGGAUCAGUAACCUCAUCUAUAAAGAGGAGAGAAAAAUUCUUUACCUGUUUGAAGAUGUCUUGGAGGACUAUCCUGUUACAAUAUUGUUUCCUUUUGGUUGCGUGUCUGUUUACUGCUUUCGAAGCUGUGCCUAUAGACAUAGACAAGACAAAAGUAAAAAAUAAUGAACCUGUGGAAAGUGCAAAGAUAGAACCACCAGACACUGGACUUUAUUAUGAUGAGUAUCUCAAGCAGGUGAUUGAGGUGCUGGAAACAGAUAAACAUUUCAGAGAAAAGCUCCAGAAAGCAGACGUAGAGGAAAUAAAGAGUGGGAGGCUAAGCAGAGAGCUGGAUUUAGUAAGUCACCAUGUGAGGACCAAACUUGAUGAACUGAAAAGGCAAGAAGUGUCAAGGUUAAGAAUGCUAAUUAAAGCUAAACUGGAUUCCCUUCAAGAUACAGGUAUAGACCACCAAGCUCUUCUCAAACAAUUUGAUCACCUAAACCACCUGAAUCCUGACACGUUUGAAUCCACAGAUUUAGAUAUGUUAAUCAAAGCGGCUACAAGUGAUCUGGAACACUAUGACAAGACUCGACAUGAAGAAUUUAAAAAAUAUGAAAUGAUGAAGGAACAUGAAAGGAGAGAAUAUUUAAAAACACUGACUGAAGAAAAGAGAAAAGAAGAAGAAUCUAAAUUUGAAGAAAUGAAGAAAAAGCAUGAAAAUCAUCCCAAAGUUAAUCAUCCAGGAAGCAAAGAUCAACUAAAAGAGGUAUGGGAAGAGACUGAUGGAUUGGAUCCUAAUGACUUUGACCCCAAGACAUUUUUCAAAUUACAUGAUGUCAACAGUGAUGGAUUCCUGGAUGAACAAGAGUUAGAAGCCCUGUUUACUAAAGAGUUGGAGAAAGUGUAUGACCCCAAAAAUGAAGAGGACGAUAUGGUAGAAAUGGAGGAAGAAAGGCUUAGGAUGAGGGAACAUGUGAUGAAUGAGGUUGAUACUAACAAAGACAGAUUGGUGACUCUGAAAGAGUUUUUGAAAGCUACAGAAAAAAAGGAAUUCUUGGAGCCAGAUAGCUGGGAGACAUUGGAUCAGCAGCAGUUCUUCACAGAGGAAGAACUGAGAGAAUUUGAAAAUCAUAUCUCUUUACAAGAAAAUGAACUGAAGAAGAAGGCAGAUGAGCUUCAGAAACAAAAAGAAGAGCUACAACGUCAACAUGACCAACUUGAAGCUCAGAAGCAGGAAUAUCACCAGGUCAUGCAGCAGAUGGAACAAAAGAAAUUACAACAAGGAAUUCCUCCAUCAGGGCCAGCUGGAGAACUGAAACUUCAGCCACACAUUUAAAGUCCGAAGUUCACCAGAAUCUGGAAGAAAAUUGCUAAUACAACAGCUAUUUCAUCUUUUUACCUCCCUUCAUUUUUCUCUGCUAAAUAAAGAUUUUAAAGCAUAUUUGGAAUAAAGAACCCGUUAAAAUGGAA